AUGGCUAAUACGCUCGCCCCCUACCUUGGAGCUAUUCGUAGCUCGCUGGACUCGGCGCUGUGUCUACGCAACUUCCCAUCACAAACAGUGGAACGCCACAACAAACCUGAAGUCGAGCUACAGAUGAGCAAGGAACUACUGUUGAAUCCUGUACUUAUCUGCCGCAAUGAACAGGAAAAGUGCCUGAUUGAGCCGUCCGUAAAUGCAACUCGCCGCGCCGAACAGUUUAUAAUUAUGCGGCGGGUAGCGGUGGACGGCUACGACAUGAGUUUUCUCGUAGUGCACCAGCACCUUGAAAAUAUGUACAAGCACAAGCUUAUUGACUUUAUCAUCACUUUUAUGGAGGACAUUGACAAAGAAAUUAGUGAAAUGAAGAUUUCGCUUAAUGCGCGCGGUCGCAUUGUCGCUACCGAGUUUAUGAAGCAGUUUACUUGA